AUGGAGACGAAGCUGCCUGCUGGCCGUGGAGUGCACCUCAAGAACAAACUUCAUUUUGAUAAUGUUCUAGAAGUGCCUAGGCAGGGUUUAGGGGGUCUUUUGCUUUUUUGGAACAAUUGUAUUGAUGUUACUGUUAUCUCUUACUCCCUUAACCAUGUUGAUUGUAUUAUAAAUAAUUUUAAUGAUAUGAACUGGCACUUUUCUGGGUAUUAUGGCUCACCUUAUUCUGACCAAAAAAAUGUUACUUGGACUCUCCUUAACUGUCUUUUUGACACUGCUCCCCUUUUGCCUUGGUUGGUCAUAGGUGAUUUUAAUGACUAUCUAUCUGUUGGUGAUAGGAACUCGACUAUUUCCCCUCCGCCUCAUGCUAUGCAUCAUUUUCAUUCAUUUCUUUAUAAGUUUGAUCAUACCCCACUUCAUCAUUCAGGGCCUAAAUUUACGUGGAGGCAUGGCCAAAUUUUAGAGCGUCUGGAUUGGUGUACCACCAAUCCUCUUUGGCAAAAUCUCUUUCUUCAUGCCUCUCUCUUUCAUUUGGGUUUUUACGGAUCCGACCACAGGGUUCUCAAAGUUAUAUUGGAUGAUAUCAGUCUUCAUAAUUGUAAAUCAUCUCGUUUUCAUGUGGAAAACCACUGGCUCACUGAUCCCUCGUUUCUCAAUCUUCUCCAUUCCUCGUGGACUCCUUCUCCUUCCUCUGUCUCUCCCCCGCUUCAAUGUUUUCUGCACAAGCAAUCGACCUGUCUCUCCAAUCUUAAAUCUUGGAGCAAGUCUCAGUAUCCUCUCCAACUCCAAAUUUCUAGAACACAAGCUCAGCUUCACCGAGUCUUAAAUGAUCACCAGCCUAGUUCCCAAUCUUUAACUCUUGCCGCUCAUCUUCAAUCCGAGUUAGAUGGAUUACUUCUUAAGGAUGAAGUCUACUGGAAGCAGCGAGCCAGAGGGGUCUGUGAUGUGGCUAUCAAUUCCAUUCUUCAAGAGAUCAGUCCCAAGCUUUCCUCGGAGCAAUCGACUUUCCUUGAUGGAAAAUUUACUGAGGUUGAGAUCAAACAUGCUUUAUUCAGUCUCUCUGGAGAUAAGGCCCCGGGCCCUGAUGGUCUUAAUCCUCUUUUUUAUCAGAAAAAUUGGUCUAUCUUUGGCUCGGAUUUCUGUCGUGCUAUGCUCCACAUUCUGAAUCAUCAGGGUGACAUUUCUUUGAUCAAUGAGACUAUUUUGGUUCUUAUACCUAAAAAGAAAAAUCCAAAACUUGUCUGUGAUUUUAGGCCUAUAAGUCUUUGUAACACUUUGUACAAAUGCAUUUCCAAGGUUCUUGCUAAUCGUAUCAAAAAUGUCCUUCCCUCGAUUAUUAGCAAAAACCAAAGCGCCUUUCUCAAGGGUCGUCAAAUCAUUGAUAAUAUCCUGAUAGCAAAUGAAAUCAUUCACGCUAUUCACUCUAGGCGCUCUGGUAAGCUGGGUUGGGCUGCCAUCAAGCUUGACAUGGAAAAGGCUUUUGACAGAGUUGAAUGGAAAUUCAUUCAUCUUAUGCUUGCCCAUGUUGGUUUUCCGCCUUCCUUCAUCUCUCUUAUCAUGAAGUGUCUCUCCACAAUCACCUAUCGCUUAUCUCUCAAUGGUAAACUCUCCGACCCUUUUCAUUCUACUCGUGGAAUUCGCCAAGGGGAUCCUCUUUCUCCGUACCUUUUCCUCUUGGUUGCUGAGGGCCUUUCUGCUGCUAUCCGUUUUCAUGAAGUUAACGGUAAUUUCUCGGGUAUUAAAAUUUGUAGAGGGGCUCAUUCUCUAUCUCAUCUUCUGUUUGCAGAUGAUAGUAUGUUGUUUUCUCCUGUUUCUCCUCGCUCGAGCGAAUCUCUUAAUGCUAUCCUUCUCCUCUAUCAUCAAGCCACGGGUCAGUUGGUUAAUAGAGAUAAAUCUUCCAUUCUUUUCUCUCCUAAUACUUCCCCUGAUGCUCAGCAUAGCUUUCGUACUUCUCUGCAUCUUGCAGGGGAAGGUUUUGUUAGUAAGUACCUGGGUGUUCCUCAUUGUGUGGGCAGAGUUACCAAUUCAGUUUUUCACUAUCUUCUCCAAAAUGUUUCCUCCCGUAUGAACACUUGGAAUGAUAAGCUUUUUUCCAGAGUUGGUAAAGAAACUCUUAUCAAGGCUGUUGUCCAAGCCAGUCCCUCAUUCGCUAUGUCAUGUUUUAAAAUCCCAAAAUCUAUCUGUCUCAAAAUUCAGAGUCUUAUUUCCAAAUUUUGGUGGGGUUCCUCCCAGACUAAAAAGAUUCAUUGGAAAAGUUGGUCUGCCAUCUCAGUCUCUAAGUUUUUUGGAGGGUUGGGUUUUAAAACUCUCUAUUUUCACAACCAAGCUCUUCUAGCCAAGCAAGCCUGGAGAAUUUGGACUGAUCCUGAUUCCCUUCUUCAUUCUAUUCUUAAAGCCCGUUAUUUUAAAAACUCUGAUUUCUUGCAUGCUCCUAACGUUACAAUUUUUCCUUCACUUGGAAAAGUAUUCUUUGGGGGGGUCAACUGCUCCAAAAAGGUGGAUCAUAUCCUCCAAAUUCCUUUGGAUCCAACUUUGGUUGACUCUCUUAUUUGGGGUUCUCAUCCUUCUGGCCUUAUUACUGUCAAAUCUGCCUAUCAUCUAGCCUCCUCUGCUGCCAUUUCUGCUUUCUCUUCCUCAUCCAACCCAAACCCUUUUCAACAGUGGUGGAAAACUCUUUGGACACUUCCUAUUCCCCCAAAAAUCAAGCAUUUCACUUGGAAAGCUUUCCACCAUAUUUUUGCCUUGUGCCCUAAAUCUGUUUCAUAA